AUGAGCCAAGGCAAGCUCACCGGCGCUGCUGUCGCCGAGCACAACUCCAAGGAUUCAUGUUGGGUGAUUGUACACAGCAAGGCCUACGACGUGACAGAAUUCCUGCCAGAACACCCUGGUGGCCAAAAAAUCAUUCUCAAGUAUGCCGGCAAAGAUGCGACCGAGGAGUUCGAUCCCAUUCACCCGCCCGACACACUCGACAAGUACCUCGACACCUCCAAGCACCUCGGCGAGGUGGAUAUGACGACUGUCGAGCAGGAGGAGAAGGCCUUUGACCCCGAGGAAGCGGCGCGCCAGGAGCGGCUUCAGCGGAUGCCGCCGCUGGCGGCCUGCUACAAUCUCAUGGACUUUGAGGCGGUGGCGCGGCAGGUGAUGAAGAAGACGGCGUGGGCAUACUACUCCAGCGGGGCGGACGAUGAAAUUGUAAGCGUUAUUUGUGUGCAUUUGAGGGUCGACAUAUUCAGCACCUUGAGCAACAAAACUAACACCAUUGAACCCCAGACCAUGCGAGAGAACCACGCAGCGUUCCACAAGAUCUGGUUCCGACCCCGGGUCCUCGUGGAUGUCGAGAACGUUGAUCUGAGCACGACGAUGCUGGGCAGCAAAGUGUCGAUCCCAUUCUACGUGACGGCAACGGCGCUCGGGAAGCUCGGCCACCCGGAGGGCGAGGUGGUCCUGACCAAAGCCGCGCAUCAGCACGAGGUGGUCCAGAUGAUCCCGACGCUAGCGUCGUGCUCAUUCGACGAGAUCGUGGACGCACGCCAGGGCGACCAGGUCCAGUGGCUGCAGCUGUACGUGAACAAAGACCGAGAAAUCACACGACGGAUCGUAGCGCACGCCGAACAGCGCGGGUGCAAGGGGCUAUUCAUCACAGUGGACGCGCCGCAGCUGGGCCGGCGCGAGAAGGACAUGCGGUCAAAGUUCUCGGACACAGGGUCAAGCGUGCAGGCGACGGGCGGCGACGACGUGGACCGUUCACAGGGGGCGGCGCGGGCGAUCUCAUCGUUCAUCGACCCGGCGCUGUCGUGGAAGGAUAUCCCGUGGUUCCGGACGAUCACGCGCAUGCCGAUCGUGCUCAAGGGCGUGCAGUGCGUCGAGGACGUGCUGCGUGCCGUCGAGGCCGGCGUCGACGGCGUCGUGCUCUCCAACCACGGCGGCCGCCAGCUCGAGACCGCCCGCUCGGGCAUCGAGGUGCUGGCCGAGGUGAUGCCGGCGCUGCGCGAGCGCGGCUGGGAGAAUCGCAUCGAGGUCUUUGUCGACGGCGGCGUGCGCCGCGCCACUGAUAUCCUCAAGGCACUGUGUCUUGGCGCCACGGGCGUCGGCAUUGGCCGCCCGUUUCUGUAUGCCAUGUCGGCCUAUGGCCUGCCCGGCGUUGAUCGCGCCAUGCAGCUGCUCAAGGAUGAAAUGGAGAUGAACAUGCGUCUUAUCGGCGCUACCCGCAUCCAGGAUCUCAACCCUAGCUUGCUCGAUACCCGCGGCCUUCUGGGCGGCCACUCUGGCGCCGUGCCAUCUGAUACUCUGGGCCUGCGUGCGUAUGACCCACUCGAGGCUCCGCGCUUCAACGAGAAGUCCAAGCUGUGA